UUAAAGUGAAGCAAAACAAUGUCUUCUUUUGAUGAAGAUAACAGCUGGAUGCAAUAUAAGCCAAGUGCAAAGUUCCUACCUGUGGUAGAUGGCAAAACUGCAGACUGUCCUGCUGCUGGCACAACAGAUUAUGAUAAACUGGAGACGCCCAUUUUCAGCAAACGCCAAAUAACGUUGCGUAUACCAUCGAACUACAAAGGAAACUUAAUGCAUGCAGCUGUAAAUAAGAGAUGGUUAAUUUGUGUGCUGGAUACGCAGCAAACUAUAUUAUUACGUUUCUUUUUGCCUAGAGCGCUGCCUCCAGGCGAAAUUGCAUUGGAGAAGUAUUUAGCGGGUUACGCUAUAUCAAAAGUAUUCCUCGAUUAUACUGGACACCAUACACUUAUACCAUUGGUUCCGCAGACGCCCGGUCUAUCGGCAGACUUUCUUUAUAUACAUGCGAAUGGGCCAAAAGUGAGGCGUGUGGAAAAGUUCAAAGAUCAUGAAAUUACAUCGGUCGCAUUUAACCGUUAUAUGGGCACGGAAUCCUCUACGGGACCAAUAUUGCUGGGUACCAGUAGGGGUCUGAUUUUCGAAACGGAACUGGUGCAAGAUGGUUUGUCUCCCCUGUAUCGAAAACAAGUGUACGACUUGGGUUUGGGACGUACAAAGUAUCCCAUAACGGGAUUGGAGUUAUUACGCCUACCCAAUACAAACAGAUUUAUGGUCAUUGCAACUGCACCUGAUUGCAUUUACACAUUCCAAGAGAAUUGUAAAUCUGAUGAUAGAUCUCUACAGUUCAUUUUUGCCAAUUAUGUAAAUGGGCAACAAAUUCAUGGUGCCGAGAUGGUUGAAACUGAAUUGAGUUAUUCGGUGCUGCAGCUGUACGGAGAGCCAAAUGAAAAGCUGCCCAAACAAUGGGCCUGGUUGUGUGGUAGCGGUAUACGCUUCGGAGAGAUAUCCACCGAAGAGCGUUCUACCAAUGUUUUACUCGGUGACAAUCUUAUCAGCUUGGAUUACAAGCAAUACAAACAUCUAUCCUACGAAGAGCGGCGGCAAAAUGCUCCACGAGCUCUAGCUCUAACCGAAUAUCAUGCACUUUUAUUCUAUUCGGAUCACAUCACCGGCAUUUGCCUACUAAACGAAAAAGUGGUGUAUGAAGAGUUUUUCCAUGAGCAAAUGGGAAAACUACUUGGUCUUAUGCGUGAUCCCUUUACUGGCACUAUUUAUGUUUACACGGAUAAAAUGUUUUUCAACUUUAAAAUUACAGACGAACAACGUGAUAUUUGGCGUAUAUAUUUAGAAAAGGGUCAGUAUGACUUGGCUGAAAUAUACGCCGCUGAGCAGCCAGAACAUUUAGACACUGUACUAACCAAAAAAGCAGACGCAGCUUUUGAAAAAGGUGAUUAUAAUGUAGCCGCAGAUUUCUAUGCGGAAACAACAAAACAUUUUGAGCAAAUCAGUUUAAAAUUUAUGAAACUAGAAAAUAAGAGGCCGAUCAUACGCUACGUUAAAAAGCGUUUAGCGAUGGUGGGUAACGAUCCAGAUACGAUAUCGGUGUUGGUAGUAUGGCUUAUAGAUCUUUAUUUAACGCAAAUCAAUUACCCUCGGCGUAGUGCACAGGAGCGCGCUGAAUGGCAAAGUGAAUUUGACGAGUUUAUGCAGGCUGCACGUGUAGCCGAUUGUGCUCGCCAAAAUAAAGAAGCCAUACGUAAUCUAUUGAAAGAACAUGCUGAUGUACAUAAUAUCUCACAAUUCGCUAUAGCGAAUGGUGAUUACGAGGAAGUGAUAGACCAGCAAAUUGGCGUGAAUAAAUUUAAAGAUGCGCUGCACACAUUGACUCAGCAAGAUAACCUAGAAUUGUAUUACAAGUAUUGUCCUAUACUGAUGGAAUAUGUGCCUCAUGAAACAAUAGCAACACUUAUGUCACAGGGACGAAAAUUAGAUAUAAAAGAGCUCAUACCGACGCUGAUAAUACAAGAAAGUGAAAAACAUAUAGAAGAAAUCAUAAGGUAUCUGGAAUAUGCGAUAUACAAGUUGGGUGAAACUCAUGAAACCGUGCAUAAUUACAUUAUACAUUUGUAUGCCAAAUAUAAGCCCUCAAAAGUAAUAAUAUACCUAGAGAAUGAGGGACAAGACUUGAGUCUGAUUCACUACGAAAUAAAUUAUGCGAUGUUGCAGUGUCAGCAUUUCCAUGUAGAUGUGGCGACGGUUUUUCUAAUGUGUUUGAAUGAAAUGUGGGCUGCCGCGGUGGAGUUAGCACUAACUUUUGAUUUAAAACUGGCAAAGGAAACGGCUUCGAAACCACAAUUAGAGGAGGACCGCGAAAAGAUGUGGCUGGUUAUUGCGCAACAUGAAAUACAAGGUACCAAUGAUGUCAAAAAAGCAUUAGAUCUUCUAAAAGAAUGUGAAUUGCUGCGUAUUGAAGAUUUACUGCCCUUUUUCUCCGAUUUCGAAAAGAUUGAUGAUUUUAAAGAAGCAAUUUGCGAGGCGCUAAGAGAUUACAACCAAAAAAUUCUUGAACUUAAACACGAAAUGGAUGAGUGUGACAAACAAGCCAUGCGUGUGCUCAAAGACUUGCAAAAUUGUCGUGCGCGUAGUAUUCGUAUAAACGCGCAAGAGACUUGCAACCUUUGCGAAACAUUUCUCUUAGUAAAGCCAUUCUUCGUUUUUGUCUGUGGUCACAAAUUUCAUAGUGAUUGUAUAGAAAAACAAAUUUUACCUACAUUAAGCAGAGAUCAAAGUCACCAACUAGCCACGCUUAAACAACAACUGGAAACACUAUUGACUCAAAGUAUGCCAAUGGAUAACGACGCAGCAGUUGUGCAAAUUCAACGCGCUGAAAUAAAAACCGAAAUCGAGAAUAUGGUUGCUGCUGAUUGUUAUUUUUGUGGUGUAAUGAUUGAAAUGAUCGAUCAACCAUUCGUCUCCGAUUGGGAUCAGGUCAAUGUCGAUUGGGAUUAAAGAGUAUUUAAGGAGCGUAUCGAUUAACAUAAUGUAUUAAAAAUAUAUAUUAAGAUUAAACUCAUACAUGCAUACUAUGUGAGUAGGUUAAGCUUGCAAUAAACAUAGCCAUUAUAUUUUUACACCUAAUUAUUCUUACUCAAAACUCCACUGCUAAUUUGUAACUGUUGAAAACUGUAUUGAAUUGUGUAUAUGUAUGUAUAUCAUAUAAAA